CAUAUGACAAACAAAAACAAAGCCCCAAAAGUGAGUGAAGGUGUGAUGACGUCACGGCCCCACAAUGCUUACCGCCCAUAACUGUGCUGCAGCCUGAGUAGAAACACUCUCCCUCCCAGGCCACAAAUAUCUGCUUGGUUCCUGCAAACAUCUUCCAAAGUAAGAGCAAAGGAGCCACCGACAAGACGUCGAAGGGUUUGUGUGGAUUUCGUCUUGCUUUUUUCAGCGGGGGGGGGGCUCCAUGUGAAAGUUGAACUCAUGCGGCGCUGGAAACUUUUUGCUGCAUGUUUGUUGUUUUAGAUCGAGCAGAAGAGCCAAGAUGCAGAAGACUAUUUUGUGUCGCUCGCUGCCAAGCUUGGCUGUCGGGCCCGGCUGAGGAGGAGAUGUAAAAGAAGCCGAGGAAGAGACGGAUGGACGCGUGGGAUUGGAAACAUUCUGUGUUGGACUGAGAAGUCAUUCGGUGCCACCUGUUGGUUUGCGUGCAUAAGUCUACAAACCUCCGAUGCAAGAAGACUUUUUUCCCAAAUCAGCAUGGUGAUCUAAAACAACGUGCACCUUGUGUCCAACGGCAAAUUCUUCAUCACCUCAAUGUUCCAUCAUCCAAGCCUCCUCUGACCACGUCCCCAGCCAGCCAAGCCAGCCAGCCACCUGCCCGCCAGCCCUCCGACUUCCGCCGUUGAGCCUGCAAGGCGGGGGAGCACCCCAAGUGGACUUCCAUGGCUGCGGCACUCUAGGGCUGCCAUGGCAGCUGCUGCCGCCGAUGCCUCACACUGUAUUACCGCACUGACGCCGGAGGAAGAGGGACGACGGGCCGCCGCCGCCAAGUUGCUUGGGAGCACCGCCCCGCUGCCGCACACAGAGCAAGACAGGGGGAGAGAAAGGGACAACGAGGAAGACAAGGCGGCGAGAGGGAAGGAGUGUUUGGCGUGCGGGGCUCUGUUCGCCUCUCAGGAGAAGCUCCGCCUCCACACCGUGACUCACACAGGAGAGAAACCUUUCCACUGCUCGCAGCCUCACUGUGCCAAGGCCUUCAGCUCCAAAUACAAACUCUUCAGGCAUAUGGCCACGCACUCGCCACAGAAGACCCACCAGUGCUCCUUCUGUGAGAAAAUGUUCCACCGCAAAGACCACCUGAAGAAUCACCUGCAGACCCAUGACCCCAACAAGGAGGCCUUCAAGUGCGAGGAGUGCGGCAAGCACUACAACACCAAGCUGGGCUACAAGCGCCACGUGGCCAUGCACUCGGCCACGGCGGGCGACCUCACCUGCAAAGUGUGCAUGCAGAGAUACGAGAGCACGCCCGUCCUGCUGGAGCACCUCAAGAGUCACUCGGGGAAAUCGUCGGGAGGCGCAAAGGAGAAAAAGCACCCGUGCGACCACUGCGACCGCCGCUUCUACACGCGCAAGGACGUGCGGCGCCACAUGGUGGUGCACACUGGCCGCAAGGACUUCCUGUGCCAGUAUUGCGCCCAGCGCUUUGGCAGGAAGGACCACCUGACGCGCCACGUGAAGAAGAGCCACUCGCAGGAGCUGCUGAAGAUCAAGACCGAGCCGCCGGACAUGCUGGGCCUCCUGGCUUCGGGGUCUCCUCCUUGCUCAGUGAAGGAGGAGCUCAGCCCCAUGAUGUGCAGCGCCGCCCCCAACAAGGACCCCAUGAUGGGAAAGCCCUUCCCGGGCGGUGCCCCCUUCCCCAUAGGCGUGUACAACCCCCACCACCUGCAGGCCAUGUCCAACUCUGGGGUGGUCCACCCUCACCCGCCCCUCAUGUCCACGCCCCUCUCAGCGGCCAUGAGCAUGGGCUGCCACAUGGAAUCUACUGGAUCCCUGCACCCACACUCCCACCACCAUCACCACCACCACCGUUCACCCCCACCGCCCCACCACCAGUCCCCCGUCCCCCAGCAGCAGCACCACCCCCAGCAAGCCCCCAAGUACCAGCUGGGAUCUACCUCAUACCUGCUGGACAAACCCUUGAAGGUGGAGAUGGAAAGCUUCCUCAUGGAUCUGCAGAGUGGUCUGCCAGGCCCGGAGCCCCACGCUGCUGUUUCUCCCCCAAAGGACGGACUGGAGCCCCCUGCCGGCCUGGCAGAAGAACUGUGCGGGGAUCCGCUGCUGUCCAAGAGCCCUGCGGUGAUUGCCGAGUCUCUGUGCGCUGCUAACAUGGACUUCUCCCACUUGCUGGGCUUCCUCCCGCUCAACUUGCCUUCCUACAGCGCCCCCAUGAGCGCGGGAGGACUGGUGAUGGGCUACACAUCCUCGGUGACACCCUCCUCCUCCUCGUCCUCGUCUUCCUCAUCUCUGCACGGCGUUGCCGCCGAGCCUCACGCCGUCUCGGCAUCGGCGGCGCCUCUUACCUCUUUGCAACCGCAACCUCAGGAGCAGCAGAGCUCCGGUGGGGGUCUGGGCCUCGGACCCCUGCACCCUCUCCCGCCAGUGUUCGGCUCCAGCCUCAGCACCACCACACUGCCUCGCUUCCACCAGGCCUUCCAGUGAGAGCGCGCUAAAGCUUCUCAUGCAUCCUUAAAAGGAAGUUUUCAAGAUUUUAUUUGGAUUUUUCCCCUUUUAUCCUGUAGUUAUAACAACGUAUUAACCCUUCAUUUUACCUCCAAACACCAUUUAAGUCCCCUUAUAUCUUAUUUAGUCGUGUAUAGAAGGCAGAAUCAGUAGGCCAAAAGGCGUGGUACUGCGUUGCUUUCGAAAGCAAUCAUAGAAGAAAAAUAUAUCAAAGAUCAAGUUUAGUGAAAAUGACCUGUACUGUUGUGACCCCGAUACAAAAAAUAUUGUUUGAAGUGGAGGGUUUCUUUUCUUUGAUGUAUAAGAAUGGCGCUAGAAUGUCUCACCUUGAGGGGCUGGCCAGAUGGAAAUGGAAAAGUAUCUCGUGGUUUCAGCCUCUCGUCCACACGGAAACAACAGUGGGUUUUGUGCAAAGCAAAAAACUCCAAUGAAAAUUGUCAUUUUUUUUAAAACGCUGUCAAGACAGUCAAAAACAACAAAAAAAUCAGCAGUCAUUUUACGGGGAUAAAUUCAAAAUAUGAAGAGGAGAAAAUUGUUAGUUGUAAUAUAAGAUAAUGAUGAAAAAUAAUGUCACUUUACUCACAUAAUGUUGAAUUAUUAAAGAGAAACAACAAUAUUUUUUAAAGUUGUCUGGAAAAACUGUCCAUGAAGUAGUCAUUUUUGGAAAAUACGUAUGCAAAAAAAAAUCCGAUUCAGAAUCAUAGUCUGCAGAAGAACUUCGAACAGAAGACGCUUUCUAGCUCUCUGCCUGAUGUGUGUAUUACAUCCUUUUUAUCUAGUGACCCGUUUCCCAUCCGGAUGCGACUAUUCACGAAUCUGGCACAGUGUGGGCACCAAUUUUUUCAAUCCCAGGAAUGUUUCCGUGUGGACUGGGCAGACGGGGCCUGAGACAAAAAAAAUAGCUCAAAGUCCAGGAUUUACCUCAAAAAGCCUUCAUCCCAUUCUGGGAAAAAGUUCCCUUUUGCUGCGCAGAUAGGAAAUAUGAACCAGAGACGAUGCUCAGCUCCCAUACUGUUUUAUUUUGUUUUUUUGUUGAGCAGUUUAACGGGAUACAAAAAAAGAAAUGUGAAGUUUUGGUUUUUAAAAAAAAUCCUCAAGAGAAGCACUUUUUUUUUUUAGCAGAAGGCACUUCAUCUAUAGGAACCUGCUUUGUUUCCUCAAAUUCCCAGAAUACACUUUAUGCUUCCUUGUUACAGUUUUCAACCCUAAGCUGGCCCUUUAGGGUCCUCUACUCGCCGGGAUUUAGUCGGAUGUUGUGCAAAAAGCUGAUGUUUUGUGGGCUAUCUAGAAAGAAAUGUGUAUUUUUUUGCCUUAACAGUGAAGAGAAAGAAAACAGCAAUGACAAAAUUGGACAUUUUCAUCCCACAUGAUACCAAAAUGUCCACAAUACCGAUGCCACACUUUCCAAUACUGGUCUUGGGUCUCUCAUAGCAUCCAUCCAUUUUCUAUACCGUCACAGGCAUGCUGGAGCCUAUUCCAGCUGUCUUGGGGCGAGAGGCGGGGUACACCCUGGACUGGUAGCCAGCCAAUCCCAGGGCACAUAUAGACAAACAACCAUUCACACUCACAUUCAUACCUAUGGACAAUUUGGAUUGAAGCUAGAAUGUUUUUGGAAUGGGGGAGGAAACCGGAGUACCCGGAGAAAAGCCACACAUGCAUGGGGAGAACAUGCAAACUCCACACACACAGAGAUGCCCGAGUGGGGAAUCAAACCCAGGUCUCCUAGCUGUGUGGCCUAUGUUCUAACCGCUCUACACCGUGCAGCCAAUUUACGAGACUGAAAAGUUAAAAUAGUUGAGAGAAAAAACAGCAAAAAUGUUGAAAAACAGCUUUUAUAAGAGUAAACUUUAAACUGAAAAAAAUAAUGUAAUUUUGGUAGCAUAGAGUUGACAUAUUAAAGAGAAAUAUAUGCUUUAUAUACUAUUGUGCCCCCUCAGAAUCUGAUGCACUUUUAUAACUAUUCAGAUUGUGACGCUCUUUUAUAACAUAUCGACUUUAUAUCAUUUUAGUCAUAUAAAAGUUGAAAUAUCCAAGUAAAAGUCAAAAUAUUACGAGAAUCAAAUUCAUGCAGAAGAAAGUAGAAAUAUUUGGAAAAUUGGGGAAGAACCAACAGUAAAAAGGCGAAUUGGAUAUUAAUAAGAGGCUUAAUGAAUAAACUUUUGAUCUAUAAACAUCCAAAUCAGUCUCUGUAUCAUGGUAUAUGAAAGUAUUGGUAUUGGCAUCGGUGGUACACCGAGCUGUGUGUAUUUCUUGGCAUCAUAUGGGUUUUUUUUUCAGUGUGUGCUGCCCCUUUUCCGUGCAAUUUCCGACUAAAUUCUGGCCUGUUUGGGUGUAAAAGACGUCAUGAGGAUCCCUGACAUAUGUGAAUGCUUAAGAAAAAGGAAAAAAAAAGUUACCAUGACAGACAAGGAAAAAAAAAAAGAAUGUUAUUGCAGUGUACGAAAUAUCUCAUUAUUGCUUUGAUCUCAGUAAAAGUGUAUUUUUUGUUAGCUGUGUUUUAUUAUCUGUCAGGUUUACAUGACUUGUGGAUCUGGCAAAGCACGAAUGAAGUAUUAUUAGCCUAUUUCCCUUCAGCAGCUCGUCGCCAAGCCGACUUGACUUGUUCGCAUAGACUGUGCAUGCUAGCUAGCGUAUUUCUUAGCGUUAGAUUUGUUUCAACGUGCGACAUUGGGCUGCCGGGGGGGGAAAAAAAACGUUAUUCCGGAAUGAAUUAAGCUUCUUUUUCUUUAAGCCGUUCAGAAACCUGAGCCCAAAGUGAACCGGACACCUCAAAAAGUGACAAGCAGUGGGUGUAGGAAGCGUUCAAUGACACCUUUGUCAAGAUGUUUACAAACACGUACGUUGUCUUUACUCAUUUCCUGUCAUGGCCGAGACAAUGCUCAUACGUACAGUUUCACCAGAAAUGGCAAAAAUUUGGUUUUGCAUAAGUUAAGCCCUCAAAAAAUCAAUUUAGUUGUCUAAAUAAUAAUGACUUUGAGUGCAUGAGAAAGUGACCAUAUCAAUAAUUAUAUUGUACAACACAGCAACAGAAGCAGUGUUGUGACAGUCGUAAAACCGCCAAUGAGUCGAUUGUAAGCAACACAACAAUACACACGACUUUCACGUGAACAAGCCGAGUAGUGACACUUUAAAGUGCACGCAGCGCUAGAUAUGUACGUACGGGUGUUACUUCGGACAGCAGGAUAUGUUAUUAAAAUGUUUGUCGACUUCCAAAGGUGGCCUAAAAUGUUGUAGAACAUACACAUACUAUAUGGUAGCAACAGAACCAAUGUUGCAAUAGCGCUAAUAAGACUUGCACACAUACAGCUUUCACAUCAACAAGCUGAGUAGUGACAAUUGAAAGUGCAUGCAGAGCUAGAUAUUUGUACAGCUGUUACGUCGGACAGCUGGAUAUGUUAUCAAAACAUUUUUCCACUUCCAAAAGUACCCGAAUAUGUUAUAGAACAUAAAAGUACAAAAGGGGAGCAACAGAAGCAAUGUUGUAAUAGCGUUAUGGAGCGCUAAUAUCACGGAUGAGUGGAUUGUAAGCAACAGUACGACAGAAUAGUAUGUGUGACUUUCACACCGACAAGCUGAGCAGUUUAUUUCUUCUCUCUACCGGUGCAAACAGACAUUUUCCGCGACACUUUAAAGCGCAUGCAGGGCUAGAUAUGUGUACAGAUCUUACAUUUGACUAACAUUUGUGCUAAUAGCACUGGUGAGUGGAUCGUAAGCAACAGUACGACAAGUGUAGUAUGCGCCACUUUCACACUGACAAGCUGAGUAGCGGCACUUUAAAGCGCACGCAGAGCUACAUAUGCGUACAGAUGUUGGAUAUGUUAUGAAACCAUUUGUUGCCUUCCUAAAGUGCCUGAAUACACAAGUACAGAAUGGGAGCAACAGAACCAAUGUUGAAAUAGCACCGAAGAGAAAUGGCGCUGAUGUGUCGAUUGUAAACAACAUGUGCAACAACAACACUUUAAAGCGCAUGCAGAGCUAGGUAAAGCUGUUUUGGUUUAUAAUUCAUGUCUUUUUUGGAUGAAGCUGCUGUUUGGGGCCUUUCUACAUCCACUGUCCUUGCUGUCACUCCAUACUGUGGCCACGCUUUAGGCUACGCCCACAACAGGGCGUGGCUACAUCAUAGCACAUACUUUUUUUAUCAUCUUGCUGCUCGGCGCUACGGUUGGCGAUCCCUCUGCCGUAGGCCACUGGAUGAUCUCUUUUAUUUUUCUUUAUUUCUUCCACGAUGCACAAAAACCAACCCAACUGACAGCAGUUUUCAUCAAACCCCGCCCCCUUUCCUCCUCUUACUCCUCCUCUUCCUCUCUUUCUCGGCUGCUUGGUAGAGUCAAAGAUAAAGCGGGAAAAAAAGGGUCGGAAAUAACGGCAAUGUCCGCAGGGUGUCGCCUUUUCUUUGUAUGUUUUUUUUUUUGGUAGUUUGUGUGGAUUUUGUUGUUAUUGUCUGUUUGUACAAAAGGACCUUGAGAGAAAAAAAACACAAAAAAAAACAACACAUCACCUCAUUUUUUUUUUAACCAAAACCUGGGGAGAAGAAACAACAUUUUUGCUUGGUUGCUUGGCUACGCACUGUCCCAAUUUGUCAUUCCCAUAUACACCAAAUUGGCCCAAAGCAAGAAUUGGAAAAAAUCUGCAGUUAUUUUACUGGAAAUAACUCCAAAUAUUCUGAGAAAAUGUUGUAUUGAAACGAGAAUAAAGGUGUAAUAUGAGGAACAUUUCUGGAAUUCUAGCGGCAUAAUGUUCAAAUGUUAAAGACAAAAGUGGUUGGGGUUUUUUGUUCAUGACAAUAUUAUGAGACGCAAACAAAAAAGUCCUAAUAUUACAAGAAGUUGAAAUGGCUGGAAAAAAAACUGCUGCAGUUUUGCUCGUAUAAAGUCAAAAUAUUACGAGGGAAAAAGUCGUAUUCUCACAAGACCAAAGCUGCAAUUUUACUAGAAUAAAGUUGUCAUAUUGUGAGGACACAAGAAAAAGUUUGGACAAAGUUUGAGAGUCAGUGAGCACUUCUAUAAAAAAAAAAAAAGCAACAACCCAGCAUAAAUCGCAGUAAUUAAUCCCUGUUAUUCAUCACUAUUCCAACAACUUCAUUGGCCGCCUAUUGGGAAUAUUUGAUUUUUUUAAUGCUUUCUUUUGCCCCCGCCGUGUGAAGAAAAAGUCACAUGACCUGACCGAUUCUCCAGCAGUGAGCACCUUUUGGAUGAUGAAAGCGCUUCCGCACUACGUUUGUAGCAAUCACAAAAACAAAAUGUUGUUGUUUUUAUUUCUAAGAAGCCCUUAAAUAAAAUAGUAAAAGAAGAUAAGCUAAGCAGCGUUGGGCUUGUAUGACGUUUGUCCUCCCUGGGUUUCUGUGAGCUAAUCAGAGUUUUUCGCACUUUCAACCUUUUUGAAGACAAAAAGUAUUUUUUUUUUGUUUUGGUUUCACUUUGAACGUGUACUUGGAUGUGAACCUUGACCUCUAGACUUCUUAUCAGCAUUUGUGUAUUACAGUAUUGUUUCAUAGACCUCCCACUAAUAGCCCUGCCCCCUUUGACUUUCACUUUCACUUUGGAAUUUUCCUAACCGCACAGCAUGAAUAAUUAUCAAUACCAUUAUGAUUCAUAAUUCCUUUGUGGUGAAUGACAAAAUAGCUAUCUAUAAUUAUUUAAUGGCAUGAAUAAUUAUUGAUUGAAUCCAUAAUUAUAUCAUGUCGAUAUUCAUUGACGGGACAUUGCGCUUUCCUUCCUCAUAGAUGGCAUCCAAAUCUACUCUGGUGUAUUUCUAGUCUUUCAUGGUAAAGUUGUGCAUUCCAACCUCAUUGCGUGUUUUUGUUCUUUCUUUUUGUUCUGUUCGUUUGAAGCCCGUUUGAAGUGUAGCAGUGGCAAAGAAGAAAGUGAAACACACACACACACACCCAUGGAUACAGUAUAUACAGUAUGUAUAUAUAUACUGCAUGUCUAUACAUAUAUCAACAUAUCUAUAUAUAUAUAUAUAUAUACAUAUGUAUAUGUAUGUAUGUAUGUAUGUAUGUAUGUAUGUAUACGUGUAUAUGUAUGUAAACGUAUGUAUAUGUGUAUAUAUAUAUAUGUGUGUGUGUGUAUAUACGUAUGUGUGUAUAUAUACAUAUACAUACAUAUGUAUGUGUAUAUAUGUACAUAUAUACGUAUGUAGUAUAUGUAUAAAUGUAUAUGUAUAUAUCAAGGGAGAGAGUAUGUCAGUUUUUGUAGUUGAUUGGUUGAUCCAAAGACGCGGGGAGCACUUGUGUACAGUAGAAUAAGGUACACACUGACUUUGUAAAAAUGUCUUACCUACCUUGACAUGAUUAAAAAGACAAACCAGGGGCUUUCAUACCUUCCUCAUUGUCACUCACUCACUCACUCACUCACCGUGUUGGAAAAAGUAAGUAUUCACUAUUACAAUUCCAACUUUAUUCGCAGUCAUUUUUAUUAGGAAUAAUAUAGAUGAUCAUUUGUUUUUGUUUGUCAUGUUUGUGAUCAUUUUUAUUGACUGCCACUACUAUUUUUAUUUGUGCAUUUCCACACUUUUAAUGUAAUUUUUCAUAUGUUUUAUAUGAUUUUGAAUUGUACCCUGCCUUUCGCCCGAAGACAGCUGGCAUAGGCUCCAGCAUGGCCGCAACCCUAGUGAGGAUAAGAGGUAGAAAGCGGAUGGACGGAUGAUUGUAAUUCAAAUCUACACUACUUGUCAUAAUCAUCUCUUCUCUUUUUGUAGUCACUGCAAAUAUGUAGAAUAUAUAUCAUUUUUAUAACACAUUCUUUUUAUUUGGUGUUUAUUGCUAUUACUAUUAUUUAUUUUUUUAUCGUUCAUUCAGAUUUAUUUUUUGCGUUUUCUUGAACAAGAAAAAUACAAUGUUAUAAUUACACAUUUAUUUAUAGUUAUUUUAUUAUGUAUAGUGCAU